UAUAGCGGUUAACCGGUGAACGCUAAACCACUAACUUUUCCGAUUCAACCUCCGGUCCGGUUCCGAAAACAGAGAAAAAAACAAAGCAUGAUAGUCCACCAUAUGAGCCACCCUGUUACCUAAACGACCAACAAAACGAAACAAAACUCCUGACAUCCGAGUAAUCAUUUCACCAAUUUCCAAGAGAAUGUUCUUGCUCUCCCGUCCGAGAAUUUACGAUCCGUACACUUAUCAAAUAAGAGAUUUUGCGUCACCCCCAAUUGAUCCCAAUUCAAAACCAUGGUGAACGCAAAAUGAAAGACAAUCCCCUUAAUGCCAAAGUUUUCAACGUGAAAGGAUCCGAAAUCCCCCACAUAUAUUCCUUGCCUGAGCCGCCGAUGACAUUCAAACUCUCAUCCACAAGAACGAAUGCAGCUGAUCCAUGUUGCACCAUCAAAAAACCCUGUCUUUCCACCCACCACAAGCGAAACACUCGAUCUAGUAGCCGGAGUAGGGCCAAAAGCAGCAGAAACUGGAUCAGAAGGAAGCGCUGAAGGAUGAGUAGUCUGAAGAAGAGUUUGUUCGAUGCGUUCUUUCUCCAACAUUUUGGAUGGGUCUCGGCCGGGCAUGGAGGCUUUCGUGGGAUAUUAGGCCGGGCUCGAAGAAGGAGCUUAUUGGGAUGCCAUAGCCGAGGUCAGAGGACAGGGUAAUAGACAGAGGAGCUCUAAUCGACGAAGCCAGGGGAGUAAACGAUAUCUGGGAAACCUAAACCAGGUUGGAGAAGGAUUGCGUUACCCAGAUAAAGGAAUAAUUAGGAUUUUCAGAUCUCUUUCCGCUCCGGGCUUCUCCUUAUAAUCCUGGUUUCCGCCUACCACCGAAGCCUUUCUCCUCCGUCGCCGGCGUAUAUUCCUUCAUUCCUACGCCAUGGCAACCGAGAACUGCAUUUCGGAUCGGGAUCUCCCGGCAACCGAUCUCCCUCGCUGUUCCGGGAAACGACAACGAACCAGUUCAGAAGCAGAUCUUCCUUCCACGACGAUCAGCAAACUCGGAACCGAUCUCCUAGUAGAGAUUCUGAUCCGCCUCCCCAACCCAAGAUCCGCCUGCCAGUGUAAAAUCGUCUGCAAGCAGUGGGGCUCCCUGAUCUGCAGUCCUCGCUUCAACCGCCGUUUCGUAUCUCACCACCAGACUAUGAAUCUGGACCAAGCAACUAUGCCGGUGGAUCCGUACGAGCUGCUAUCGGUAAUCCUGAGCUUUCUCCCUCCCAUGCCAUGCAGUGUUCGAGACUCCCUUAGAGUUUUGGAUUGCAACAAGGACUUGGUUUUAUGCGGGUUUUGGGAUACAGACUGCGACGAUGGGGAACGGGGAAGAUCGUACUUGGUCUGCAAUCCUUUUACGAAGCAGUGGAUCGCUCUUCCUUUAGCGCCCAAGAAGAAUACGGGUUAUGUAUCACCGGCCGCAAGGUUAGUUUGCGAACCCCGUAUUUCUAAUAAGCUUGAUCUAGGAGAUGAUCAAGCAUUUGUUUAUUCUGAGUAUCGAUUCCGGGUGGUGUGUAUUUAUCAAGUCGCUCGACCAAGAGUUGCUAUAAAGCUGGAUGUCUUUUGUUCGGAAUCUGGAGAAUGGACCAAGGAAGCUCUUGUCUGUGAUGGUCAUAUUAAAGUUGAAUUGAAAAGUACAAUUUCGUGCAAUAGGGAGCUAUUUUGGAGGUAUUAUGACCUCUACAGUCUCACAAGGUAUCAUGAGAUACUUAAUAAUUUGGUGGCUGUGUUUAACCCUUUCCGCCUUGAUAUGCAUCCCACAUCCAUUGAUGUUUCCCGAUUUCUUGUGAAUCCGUAUUACUGGUUUGUUUCCGCCUCACAAGGCGUGCUUCAUGUAAUUCUACAAGAAAAUGAGACUAUACCUUAUCGUUUAAGCGUUUGGAGGCUGGAUAAAGACCGUAAAUCUUUGAUUAAACAAUGCGAAGGGUGGGUGAACGAGACAACAAAGUGUGGUAACUAUGAAGUUAUAAACGGGUGUCACAGACCCUUACUCCAUCCACAUAAUCCGGAAGUCAUCUUCUUCAAUCCAGGCUAUUCUAAUGCAAAGAAUGCUUUAUUCUGCUGCGAUUUGAGAAGGGGAGAGCUAGAGUUCUUAGCUAAAGUAGAAGGACGGCCAGAUGUCUUUCGCCUUCAGGUGUUCCAGCCAAGGGUUUCUUGCUGGGCUACUCCAAUUCCAAGGUAUGCGGAGUUGCGAGGCAUGUAUGAUGGAACACACAGCUUUUGGGUCCAGACUCAGAGCAGCAGGGAAGCAAGAACUCCCUCCCUGCCUUCAUCCCUCAAUAUUUGCAAGGACGAAGCUACGAAAUCCGCCCUUUACAAGGACUGUAUGGAACAUGGCAUUGAAGAGGCAACUGAAAUCAUUCAGCAUAAGGAGAACGGAAUCAGGGAGACUGUUUUAAGAGGAAGGCAGCAGCCUCAUUUUCCACAAGACAAGGAAUCGGAUGUACUAGAGGCGGAUUUGAAAGAUGUUGGAGCGAAUAUUGCCGCUAUUAGCAAACCGAAAGAACUGAAGCACAGCCUUUUGUGUGAAACGUCGGCAGAGCGUCCUUCUCCUCAAGCCCCUAUUACAAGUGUCUUCAAGCGAUGGAUACCUCCUCAUCUACGCGCAGUGAUGUUGAUGAUCGAGAAAGGGGAAAAAUAUGAGCUUGAACUUUUGGAAAAUAACUGAAUGAUCUUUGAGGCUGUUUGGUUGAUGGGGAUCACGCCAUCGCAGUCGCUGAGGCUGCAGCGGAAGCUCUGUUGCAGCAGCUGCUCAGGCCGGCCGCAGCUAAAGUCUUGCAACUCGCUCAUUCAAUCCCUCUACACCGUGGGCUGAUUGAUGUCUUGAGUGUUUUGUAUUAACUUAUUUUCGUUUUUUUAUAUAUUGCAUGCUACUGAGUGAUUUGUAGUAACUUAUGUGCGCAAGAAUUACUGUUUGGAUGGAUGUAUUUAUAACUAUUCUUGAGCCGGGUGUAUUUUUCAUAAGUUAAGCCACUAGGACAGACUCAUCUAAUAUAUAGGGGCGGCGGAGGUUGCCGUGGGCGGGAAGAAACACGGGGAUGUAAUUACGAUAGUGAUUAUGAUUAGUGAGGGGAUUAGUGAUGGUGGAGGUGGUUUAGUGGUUGUGAUCAUGGUGGAGAUGAUUGGUAAGGAGAGGGGUUUUUGUUUAUGGUGAGGUGUGGUGGAGGAGAUGGUGAGGAGACCUGAAACUUUGGGGGAAGGAGAAGAGAGACGACAAAGAUGGGAAUAUGGGAGGGAUUGUUGCGGAGGAGUAGAGGAAGCUUUUGGCAAUGGCGACUCUUUUUGUGUGGUUUGUUGGAGGGGAUAUGGGGUUUUUUUCUAUAAUUAUUGCUUUGUUAAAAAGAAUUAUCCAAAAUACGGUAUCCUCAAAAAUAAUUUCAAGGGAAAAAUUUGGCAGCAACCUGGGUUGCAGCCCGUAGCUGCUGCUAUGCCACACGGCGCCCUGUCUACUACAUAACCAAACAACGAAAUCAAACCCAGACAAAGAUUUGGGCUACAAAAACAGAGCAUGACAGCCCACCAUAUGAGCCACCAUGUUACCUAAACGACCAACAAAACGAAACAAGACUCCUGGCAUCCGAGUAAUCAUUUCACCAAUUUCCAAGAGAAUGUUCUUGCUCUCCCGUCCGAGAAUUUACGAUCCGUACACUUAUCAAUAAGAGAUUUUGCGUCACCCCCAAUUGAUCCCAAUUCAAAACCAUGGUGAACGCAAAAUGAAAGACAAUCCCUUAA